AUAUUAAGUUGAUUGGAAAAGGAGGAUACGAAAAAGUAUACCGUGCUACUUUUACAAAUAACGAAAUUACCGUCGCAUUAAAAUCAUUUGAAAGUAAUAAUGUGACUAUUAAAGGAAUUGUUAACAAGCUUGAAUUACUUUGUAGAGUGGACAUGCAUUCUAACAUUAUACGACUGUACGAUGCUACUAAGAAUGAAGAUAAAAUAGAUCCGGGUUCUACACAUUAUAUGCUUGUUCUUAAAUAUCUUUCUUGGAAUGAUAAGAUCAAUUUGCAUUAUAGAUUGUCAUCGCAGUUAAAUCUUGCAAGCUUAAUGGUGGAUAUUAGUAAUGAAUGGUACUCGAGAAAGUCCCAUUUAAGGAACACCACCAGCAUAUAUCAAGAUCUAUACGACCUUGGAGCUUUAAUUAUCAAUGAUGAGGUUAUAAAUAGAAUUGAACAAGAAUCUAAUACCCAAAAAUCAACUCAAAUUAGCAUGUUUGAAGAAAAUAUGUCAAAGAGAUUAGUUACAGAUAGGUAG